AUGGGAGGAAAAAAUUCUUGUCAAUCUACAUGGUGCACUAAAAAAGCUGAAUAUCUAUGCAAUUGCAAAAAUAUAAAGAUAUGCGAAGACUGCAAGGAUAAUAAACACUACGGAGAACAGCAUGAAGUUGAAGAACUGAAUUCCCAGCCUAAAACCCAUAAUCCUGAUGCUCCGAUUUCUACCAGCUCUUUGGUCUUCACGAGAAAUAUUUAUCGAUCUCCAGAAGGCUCCACUGAAGUUUUUGAAGGAAGAGUAGUUCACAGGCCAGACAAAGUUGCAAUAAAGGUAAUGUAUUGCCGAAAUGAGGGAGAAUUAAGAAAAAAGCAACAGGAAGCCAAACUUCAAAAAUCCAUGGUCCAUCCCAAUAUAUGCUCUUGCCUUGGAUACUUUAUUGAUGAGAAUUAUGGGCCAGGGUUUAAAUUCUUGAUUGUAAUGGAGUUCUCUGAAAAAGGUGACCUUGAGCAGGAUAUUGAAUAUAGGAAAAUCAGAAACGAUUAUUGGCCAGAGAACCAACUGCUUACUCAUUGGACAGAAAUUAUUGAUGCCUUCGCGUACUUGCAAGAAAUGAAUAUGACUCAUGGAGAUGUCAAGCCAAGAAACUUAUUUUUAGCAAAUAAUGGGAAGCUUAAGCUAGGAGACUUUGGGGAGUCAAGACAAGGAAUGCAAGCACUAGUUACCAAAACUUAUCAAGUUACUGGAACAGUUAUGUAUUUCAGCCCCAAGCUGUUUAAAGAGUACUUAUUCCCCCAAAUUAAUAAUAAAUGAACUUUUUUAUCUAGCAAUGGUUUAUAAUUUAUUAUUUUAGAAAUAUUUUAAUAAUUAAAAAUCUAUAUAGGGAUUUUAAAUAUAUUAUAAUAAGAUUAUUAGACAGUUAAUAUAACAAUAAUAAUAUUAAUUUUUUCAAAGCUUUCAGUCUAUUACUAAGGGAUUUAGAAAUAAUCAAAGGCAAUAAUGUAAGAGGAGACGUCAGGCAUAACCCAAUAAAAUCAGAUGUGUUCUCCUUAGGUUUAACAUUUCUGCACAUGGCAAGCCUAGCAAAGCCUACAGAUUUAAACAAUUUAGAAGUCGGAAUUGACAACUUGCAAAAACAAGUUGAAAGAGCAAUCGCUAAACUCUCAUACAGCGACAAGGUCAAAAUCUUACUUGCCCACAUGCUAGCAGUCCAAGAAAACAAGCGCUGGGAUUUCAAGCAGCUGAAGCACCAUCUCUCACAAGGCGAUUUAGAGCAUGAUCUAAACGAAGUCUCCAAGCAAAACGAAGAAACUGACGCGAAGCCUGCUGCAAAAUCAGUUCCAAAAAUUGAAGGUCAUUUUGCAAUCUCUCUUGCACAAGUCCCAGGUAGAGCUUAUAUCUGCGAAAUUGAUAACAGAAAAAUAAGAAAAACGUCAAGCUUGAAUAGCCAUAGGUUCCAAUCUUCUUCAAGAGUAGCCGUUAUAGAUGAAGGUGUAGUUGUUACUGGAGGCUUGAAAAAUUCAAAAAACGUAUUUCUAAUUAAUUUAGUUACAAGAGACUCAGCAAAACUAGAAGACAUGAAGCAAGGAAGGGCAUGGCACGCAAUAACUGUGCUUAAUAAAGAUUUAUUUGUAAUUGGAGGAAGAGACCCUGAAAGAAAAGAGCCUAUAAAAUCAGUCGAAAUCUACAAGGAUGGGAAAUGAGAUGAGUGUGAGCCAUUAAAUAUAGAAAGAGAAAAUGCCACUGCUUUAGCUGUUGAUAAUGAAAUUUAUGUGGUAGGAGGGGCUAAUAAGAGCACAAAGAGGCUUGAGCUGAUCAGUUCUAUUGAAAAGUACUUUGAAGGCCAUUGGGAAGUUUUGAGCCUUAACCUUCCUGUGCCGAUGUCUGGGGUUGGGCUUGUGAACUCAGCCCCGAGAACUAUAAUGAUUAUUGGAGGUGGAAGAGAAAGAGGAGUAAGCUCUCCUGAAACUUUUGAGUGGAACUUAGACACAAACCAAAUAGUAUUGGAAGAGAAAGCACUUCCAGAAGGAGACACUUUUGGGUCAAAUUCAUACUUUAUUGACGAAAGUAAAAAUGAGGUUAUCAUUAUAGGGUUUUUACUUGGAAUAUUUAUUUAUAGCCGGGCUACAAAGGAAUGGGAGCAAGAAGGCUUUAAAUCUUAA